AUGUGGCCCCUAGUGGCUGCCAUCGCUUGCCUGACCGUGGCCUUGUCCGGAGGAAUCUCCCGGGACUAUCCCAAGAUUCUCAAUGAAACCAAUGGGACCAACGGUUUUCUCCCGGGCGGCUACACGUGCCUCCCCCACUCUCAGCCUUGGCAAGCAGCUCUACUGGUCCGUGGACGGCUUCUCUGUGGAGGCGUUCUGGUUCACCCCAAGUGGAUACUCACAGCAGCUCAUUGCAGAAAAGAUGGGUACGCAGUUCACCUAGGCAAGCAUGCCCUGGGGCGUGUGGAGAAUGGCGAGCAGGCAAUGGAGGUGGUCCGCUCUAUCCCCCAUCCUGAGUACCAGGUCAGCCCCACCCACCUGAACCAUGACCAUGACAUCAUGCUUUUGGAGCUGAAGUCCCCAGUCCAGCUCAGCAGCCACAUCCGUACUCUGCCACUCUCCCCGGACGACUGCCUGCCCACAGGCACCUGCUGUCGCGUUUCAGGCUGGGGCACCACCACCAGUCCCCAGGUGAAUUACCCUAAAACCCUGCAGUGUGCCAACAUUGAACUGCGCUCAGAUGAGGAGUGCCGGCAGGUGUAUCCCGGGAAGAUCACUGCCAACAUGCUCUGUGCUGGUACCAAAGAAGGCGGGAAGGACUCUUGUGAGGGUGACUCUGGGGGCCCACUGGUUUGCAAUGGCAAACUCUAUGGCAUCAUUUCAUGGGGAGAUUUUCCAUGUGGACAGCCCAACCGACCUGGUGUCUACACACGAGUCUCAAAAUAUCUGCGUUGGAUCUGGGAGACCAUCAGAAACACUCCGAAGCAGAGAUGGGCAAAGGACAUACAAUAAAACUGGGUUAAUUUG